CAACUUUCGAAGGUAUCGCACCGACCAACAAGUUAAAUAUCAAUUUGACGUCUCAAGCGAGGGGAAUCAACACCACCUCUCCUCUAGGACUGGAAGCUUCUGCCAGGGCGGAAGAUGGUGGAGUGGAAGAAGCACCUCAUUCAGGUAUCAAUGUUGAUAAAUCGAUCAGGAUGGAUACUCAUCCUCCCCCCGAGCCGGGAGCAGACUUCAAUGUGGUCUUUAUUGGUGCAGGGAAUAUCAUGUUCGGUAGUGAUGAGGGGCCUUGGAAUCACUCGUUCCGAUUCGAACAUAAACUCGGACCACGACUCAAGGUCACGGCUUUGAUCGACCCGAACCUUUCACGUGCGCAGACUGUCAUCGAUGGCAAGAGGGCUUCUUUCGUCGAAUCAGCUUACAGAGAUACGGAGCUGUUCAAAACGAUUGAAGAUUACCAUGCGGCUCUUAAAGCACGUAAAAGCAAAGAUCCUCAUGCGAUCGUUGUAGGAUGUCCUCCCGCUUAUCGUGGGGGCACUACCAAAGGAACAGAUUUAGAAUUGCAGCUACUCAAAUACUUCCCGAAGACGGCUUACUUCGUCGAAAAACCAGUGGGAACUGGUACCAUCGAAGCUGCUCGUACGGUCACUGAAGAGCUCAUCAACAAUGGAAACAUAGUAUCGGUCGGCUACAUGUUGAGGUACCUUCGAUGUGUGCAAAUGAUGAAGCGAAUCAUCCAUGAUAAUGACUUGACGGUCAUUGCGACCAAUGCUAGAUAUUCUUGUGCUUAUGAAGCCAUCGCCAAGCCUGCCUGGUGGAAUAAAGCUAUUGACAUGGGUCCCGUGAUUGAACAAGGCACUCACUUUUGUGAUCUUUCACGAUACUUUGGCGGUGAUGUCGAUAUCAACUCUGUCGUUGCCAAGUCUGUAGAAUGGUACGAAACCCCUGGAAAGCUUAGCAAAAUUCCCAUCGAUGAAUCCAAGAUUCCUGAGGAGCAAAGAAUUCCUCGACUAACUUCAGCCGUUUGGAAAUACGACAAUGGUGCUGUCGGUGCUUUCACCCAUGCAGUGGCUUUACAAGGCCAAGCCUACGCUUGUGAACUUGAAGUUUGGGCAGAUGGUUUCCACAUGCGUCUUGUUGAUCCUUAUCAAGCUCCUACUCUUUAUGUCCGUCGACCAGGAGACGAUCACGAAGAACGUCAUGCUUUCACCGAUGACGAUCCCUUCUUCUCUGAAGUUUCGUCCUUCAUUGAUGCUAUCGAGGGAGGACCUGAUCCUCAUAUUCUCAGCUCGUUUGAAGAUGCUACCAAGACGUACGAAUUGACAUGGGCCAUCCGUUUAGCCUCGGAGGCUUCUCGUGUGCCCAGGAUCAAGGUGUAGCACGGAUGUAGACGCGAGCCAGGUGGAAGGGGAGGGAGUGGGUGAAUUUGUGUAGAACAAAAACAUCUUGUGCUAGAUCACGAUGCAUGAAAUGUAAUCAUUCG